AUGGACAUGUACAUUCGAGUUAAGCGUGGCAAGACAACGUACUUCAUCCGGUGCAAGCCAUCUGAUAAAGUUCUUGACAUAAAGCAGAAGUUACAAGAACUCAUCGAUCAACCAGCUAAUGAUCAACGAUUAAGUCUUCCUGAUACCGGGGAAAUAUUAGAGGACUCUAAGACUCUGGCUGAUCAAAAGAUUGAAACUGAUGCUGUUGUUGCAUUGACCAUGAGGAAAGAUGAUAAUGAGUUUGAGGAGUUGGUAGUUGGUGAUUUGGUGAAUUCCAUAAUGACUUUGAAACAUUUUCAAAUGAUUGAUUGUAGAGAUAAAUGA